AUGCUGAAGAUGCUGACCUUCUUCCAAGGACUCCCAGGCCAGCAGCCUGUGUCCGGGGCCCCUGACUUCCCCAGAAGCUCCCAGAAGUUGCCCUCUACCUCAGAGGCAGAGUCCGAGGCCUCCAUGUCGGAGGCCUCCUCCGAGGACCUGGUGCCACCCCUGGAGGCCGAGGUGGCCCUGGACAGGGACGAAGAAGAGGCCGGCAAGAAGAAGAAGAAGUCGAAAGGCCUGGCCACCAUGUUCAGCGUCUUCACCAAAGGGAGGAAGAAGAAGGGUCAGCCCAGCUCAGCAGAGACUGAGGGCGAGUCUGAGUGCAGUCCGCGGCCGCCUGGCCAGCUGCCCACAGUGGAGGAGCUCAAGGUCGACCUGGAGCGCGGGCGUCUGGAGGCGGCGGGGCCGCUGCUGGCGCUGGAGCUGGAGCUGCAGGAGGCCGCGGCGGCGGGCCGCGCGAGCGAGGAGGAGCUGGUGCGGCGCCAGAGCAAGGUGGAGGCGCUGUACGCGCUCCUGCGCGACCAGGUGCUCGGGCCGCUGCGCCGGCCGCUGGAGGUGGCGCCCGAGCGGCUGCGCCAGGCGCUGGCCGUGCUGGCCGAGCAGGAGCGCCAGGACCGCGAGGCGGCGGCGGCGGCGGCGGCGGGGCCCCCGGGGUGCCCGGGGCUGGCGGCCACGCGGCCCCGGGGCUGGCUGCAGCUGUGGCGGGACGGCGUGGCACAGGCGGCCGCGGAGCGCCUGGGCGGCCGGCCGGCCGCAGACGCCGAGGGCCGCACGGAGGCCGAGCGCGCUUUCCUGCACAUGGGCCGCACCAUGAAGGAGGAUCUGGAGGCCGUGGUGGAGCGCCUCAAGCCGCUCUUCCCCGCCGACUUCCACGUGGUGGCCGCCUACGCCGAGAGCUACCAUGCGCACUUCGCGGCCCAGCUAGUGGCCCUGACGCAGUUCGAGCUGUGCCCGCGCGACACCUACAUGCUGCUGGUCUGGGUGCAAAACCUCUACCCCAACGACAUCCUCAACAGCCCCAAGCUGGCUCCCGAGCUGCAGGGAGUCAGACUCGGGACCCUCCUGCCCCCAACGCAGAUCCAGCUGCUGGAGGCCACGUUCCUCUCCAACGAGGUGGCCAGCGUGAGGGAGCUGACGGCCCGAGCUCUGGAGCUGGAGUCGAACCGUUGGACCCAGGAUGUGGCCCCGCAGAGGCUGGACGCCCGCUGCCACAGUGAGCUGGCCAUAGACAUCAUCCAGAUCAUCUCCCAGGGCCAUGCCAAGGCCGAGAGCAUCACCCUGGACCUGGGCACACAGAUAAAGCCCUUGCUGUUGGUUGAGCUGGCCACGUUCCUCAGGAGCUAUCAGCGUGCCUUUGAUGAAUUUCUGGAGAGAUGCAGACAGCUGCGAAAUUACAGGGCCAAUGUCAUCGCUAACAUCAACAACUGCCUGUCUUUCCGGACGUCUGUGGAGCAGAGGUGGCAGACACCACCAGACCUCCGGAGCUCCCUGUUGAGCCCCCUGAAUGAGCUCAAGAGCCGUGGCUUUGAUACCCUGCUGCAGAGCCUGUUUGGGGGCCUGAAGCCUCUCUUCAAGAGGUUCACGCAGACCCGCUGGGCCGCCCCCCAGCAGACCCUGGAGGAAAUCAUCUCCGCCGUGGCCGAGAGGAUGCCCGAGUUCUCGGAGCUGCAGGACUGCUUCCGGGAGGAGCUGCUGGAGGUGGUCCACCUGCACCUGGUGAAGGAGUACAUCGCCCGCCUCUGCAAGCGGCGCCUGGUCCUCAAGACGGCAGAGCAGCAGCAGCAGCUGGCGGGGCAUGUCCAGGCCAACGCCCAGCUCAUCCAGCAGUUCUGCACCCAGAACGGCUCCCCGGCCACCUGGCUGCACCACGCCCUCCCCACACUCGCCGAGAUCAUUCGCCUGCAAGACCCCAGUGCCAUCAAGAUUGAGGUGGCCACCUAUGCCACCUGGUACCCCGACUUCAGCAAGGGCCACCUGAGUGCCAUCCUGGCCAUCAAGGGGAACCUGUCCAGCAGUGACGCCAAGAGCAUCCGGAGCAUUCUGGAUAUCAACACGGGGGCGCACGAGCCCUCUAAGGCCCUAUUUUCACUUAUAAAGGUUGGUUAG